AAUUGUAUGACGUUUCAUUACGAAUCGCCGAUGAGCUUGCAACAAUUGAAUACCGACCAGAGAACAACAACGUCAAGGAAAAGCAAUUUUUGCGUGAUUUUUCGCUCAUUUUGUUGAAUAUCAACAAAAAUAAUUCAACAAAAUGACACAAGCAUCUAAGAUGGAGGUGGAUUCUCCCAAAGGGGAAGGCUUCCGGUCGUACUACAUCCAGAAGAUCGAAGAGCUCCAGCUGAUCGUCGCGGAGAAAAAUCAAAAUCUCCGCCGUCUGCAGGCUCAACGUAACGAGCUCAAUGCAAAAGUGCGCAUGCUGCGGGAGGAGUUGCAGCUCCUCCAGGAGCAGGGCAGCUACGUGGGGGAGGUGGUGAAGCCAAUGGACAAAAAGAAGGUCCUCGUCAAGGUGCACCCGGAGGGAAAGUUUGUGGUCGAUAUUGACAAAAACAUCGACAUCAACGAUGUCACACCGAACUGCCGUGUGGCGCUCCGAAACGAGAGCUACACUCUGCACAAGAUUUUGCCGAACAAGGUCGACCCGCUGGUGUCCCUCAUGAUGGUCGAGAAGGUACCCGAUUCGACAUACGAAAUGGUUGGUGGGCUCGAUAAGCAAAUCAAGGAGAUUAAAGAGGUUAUUGAGUUGCCCGUGAAGCAUCCGGAACUGUUUGAUGCGUUGGGCAUUGCCCAGCCGAAGGGAGUGCUUCUGUACGGACCUCCGGGAACAGGAAAGACACUUCUUGCGAGAGCAGUCGCUCACCACACCGAGUGCACAUUCAUUCGUGUUUCCGGUUCUGAGUUGGUGCAGAAAUUCAUUGGUGAAGGUUCCCGUAUGGUGCGAGAAUUGUUCGUCAUGGCAAGAGAACACGCUCCUUCCAUCAUCUUCAUGGAUGAAAUCGAUUCGAUCGGAUCGUCCCGUAUUGAAAGCGGAAGCGGUGGCGACAGCGAGGUGCAGCGCACCAUGUUGGAACUGUUGAACCAGUUGGAUGGAUUUGAGGCAACCAAGAACAUCAAAGUCAUUAUGGCGACCAAUCGGAUCGAUAUUCUGGACCCUGCCUUGCUGCGCCCCGGUCGCAUCGAUCGUAAAAUCGAAUUUCCGCCACCAAACGAGGAGGCUCGGUUGGACAUUCUGAAGAUUCACUCGCGCAAAAUGAAUCUGACGCGUGGUAUUAAUCUGCGUAAGAUCGCCGAACUGAUGCCGGGUGCAUCCGGUGCCGAGGUGAAGGGUGUGUGCACCGAAGCGGGAAUGUAUGCACUGCGAGAGCGUCGUGUUCAUGUGACCCAGGAAGACUUCGAGAUGGCCGUCGCGAAGGUCAUGCAGAAGGACUCGGAGAAGAACAUGUCGAUUAAGAAACUGUGGAAGUAAAUUGUGGUGUGUGUAAUGGGAUUAAUCUUCUGAAGUAUAAGAACAUUUCUUGCGAGUAUCAAUGCAUCAAAUUAGUAAUAAAAUGUAUAACAAAACAAAUUGAAAACAA